AGGGUUUGACGUGGCAGUUCCCAGCCCGGCUGCAACUCGGGGCGCGAGAGCAGCCUGUGGGGACGCCGGGCCGGGCGAGGCGCGGGAGCGGCGGCCGCAGCGGGAGCCGGGUCACUGGGGGCAACCGGCGCCAGGAGCAGAGCGCAGGCUCUCGGAAGCCCGGCGGCGUGCGGAGCCGAGCAGAACCAUCCCUUUGUAGAACCAUCCCUUGGAAUGAUAUUUUCAUAAUGAGUCAACAGGGUUAUGUGGCCACACCCCCCUAUUCUCAAUCCCAGCCUGGAAUAGGCCUCUCUCCACCGAAUUAUGGACACUAUGGAGACCCAUCUCAUGCAGCUCCUCCACCAGGUAUGAUGAAGCCAGCAGGGCCUUUGGGGGCUGCCGCUCCUGGGGGCAUGAUGCCUCAGGGUCCUCCACCUCCUGGACCUCAUCAGUUUGGCCAGAAUGGAGCUCAUGCCCAAGGUCAUCCUCCCCAAAGAUUUCCAGGUCCUCCACCUGCCCACAGUGCGGCACCCUCCUACGCACCGUAUUCACCCUCUACACAAUCGUCUUACCCAAGUCCUGUGUCCACUUCAUCCGUCACCCAGCUGGGCAGUCAGCUCAAUGCUAUGCACGUCAACAGCUAUGGUCCAGGCAUGGCUCCCCCCAGCCAGGGGCCCCCAGGCCCUCUGUCAGCACCAUCGUUCCAGGGUCCUCCACGACCUCCACAGCCAUCCGUUUUGCAGCCUGGAUCUCAGGUUCUCCCACCACCGCCCACCGCACUCAACGGCCCUGGCGCCUCCCCCUUGCCUCCGUCAACGCACAGGCAGGACGGGCUCCCCGGGCCUGCUCCUCCGAAUGCCCAGUACCAGCCCCCGCCUCUUCCAGGACAGAACCUGGGCGCUGGAUAUCCUCCACAGCAGGCCAACUAUGGCCCCCAGAUGGCAGGCGCACAGCUUUCCUACCCAGGGGGCUUCCCCGGAGGUCCUGCACAGAUGGCCGGUCCACCCCAGCCCCAGAAGAAGCUGGAUCCUGACUCUAUCCCCAGUCCAAUUCAGGUGAUCGAGAAUGACAGAGCCACCAGAGGGGGACAAGUUUAUGCCACCAACACCAGAGGCCAGGUUCCUCCCCUGGUCACUACAGAUUGUGUGAUACAAGACCAAGGCAAUGCUAGUCCUCGAUAUAUCCGUUGCACGACAUACUGUUUCCCGUGCACGUCAGAUAUGGCCAAGCAAGCUCAGAUUCCGUUAGCUGCUGUCAUCAAACCCUUUGCCACGAUUCCUUCAAAUGAGACUCCCCUUUACUUGGUGAAUCACGGAGAGAAUGGACCAGUCCGAUGCAACAGGUGCAAAGCCUACAUGUGUCCGUUUAUGCAGUUCAUUGAAGGAGGAAGGCGGUAUCAGUGUGGAUUCUGCAACUGUGUGAAUGACGUUCCACCAUUCUAUUUCCAACAUCUGGACCACAUUGGAAGAAGACUGGACCACUAUGAGAAGCCAGAGCUAUCUCUAGGAUCUUAUGAAUAUGUUGCUACUUUGGAUUAUUGCAGAAAGAACAAGCCUCCUAGCGCCCCGGCCUUCGUCUUCAUGAUCGAUGUCUCCUACAGCAACAUCAAGAACGGACUCGUGAAGCUCAUUUGUGAAGAACUGAAGACCGUACUGGAAAAGCUUCCAAAGGAAGAGCAAGAAGAGACUUCUGCAAUUCGAGUUGGUUUUAUCACAUACAACAAAGUUCUGCAUUUCUUUAAUGUGAAGAGUAACUUGGCCCAGCCUCAGAUGAUGGUGGUGACUGAUGUUUCUGAGGUCUUUGUUCCUUUGCUGGAUGGUUUCCUUGUCAACUACCAGGAAUCCCAAUCUGUGAUUCACAAUUUAUUGGACCAGAUUCCGGACAUGUUUGCAGACUCGAAUGAAAAUGAGACUGUCUUUGCUCCUGUCAUCCAGGCUGGCAUGGAAGCGCUAAAGGCAGCAGACUGUCCGGGGAAACUGUUCAUCUUCCAUUCCUCCUUGCCGACUGCGGAAGCACCAGGGAAGCUCAAAAACAGAGACGACAAAAAGCUGAUUAACACAGACAAAGAGAAGGUACUUUUCCAGCCCCAGACAAAUGUCUAUGACUCGCUGGCCAGGGAUUGUGUGGCUCACGGCUGCUGCGUGACGCUCUUCCUCUUUCCCAGUCAGUAUGUGGACGUGGCCUCCUUGGGUCUCGUGCCUCUGCUCACUGGAGGAACCCUUUACAAAUACAACAAUUUCCAGAUGCAUUUGGAUAGCCAACAAUUUUUGAAUGACCUCAGAAAUGAUAUUGAAAAGAAAAUAGGAUUUGAUGCUAUUAUGAGGGUUCGUACCAGCACAGGUUUCAGAGCCACUGAUUUCUUUGGUGGGAUUUUUAUGAACAACACCACUGAUAUAGAAAUGGCAGCCAUUGACUGUGACAAGGCAGUGACCGUGGAGUUCAAGCAUGAUGACAAACUUGGUGAAGACAGCGGAGCCUUAAUCCAGUGUGCUGUGCUUUACACGACCGUUGGGGGUCAGAGAAGACUUCGGAUUCACAAUCUCAGCUUGAACUGCAGCUCCCAGCUAGCUGAUCUCUAUAAGAGCUGUGAGACAGACGCCCUGGUCAACUUCUUCGCCAAGUCAGCUUUUAAAGCAGUUCUGCACCAGCCCUUGAAGGUCAUCCGGGAAAUUCUAGUUAAUCAGACUGCCCAUAUGUUGGCAUGUUACCGAAAGAAUUGUGCAAGUCCAUCUGCAGCGAGUCAGCUUAUUCUACCAGAUUCCAUGAAAGUAUUGCCCGUGUACAUGAAUUGUUUGUUAAAAAACUGUGUGCUGCUCAGCAGGCCAGAGAUCUCAACAGAUGAGCGGGCAUACCAGAGACAGCUGGUCAUGACCAUGGGUGUGGCCGACUCUCAGCUUUUCUUCUACCCACAGCUUCUGCCAAUACACACGUUAGACGUCAAGAGUACGGCGUUGCCUACUGCGAUUCGCUGCUCUGAGUCCCGGCUCUCAGAAGAAGGAGUAUUCCUGUUGGCCAACGGUCUGAACAUGUUCUUAUGGUUGGGAGUCAGCAGCCCACCAGAACUGAUCCAAGGAAUAUUUAAUGUGCCAUCUUUUGCACAUGUCAACACAGAUAUGACGUUACUGCCUGAGGUGGGAAGCCCGUACUCUCAAACGCUCAGAAUGAUAAUGAGUAUUAUCCAACAAAAGAGGCCAUAUUCAAUGAAGCUCACGAUAGUAAAGCAGCGUGAACAGCCAGAAAUGGUUUUCCGACAGUUCCUGGUAGAAGACAAAGGACUUUACGGAGGAUCCUCUUAUGUGGAUUUCCUUUGCUGUGUCCACAAGGAGAUCUGCCAGCUGCUCAAUUAA